AUGAUCGAUUGCAGUGACAAUGUUGAUGAUGGUCUUAGCGUUUCAUUGUCCAAAGAUGCAGCGGCAAUUCCACAACAAGCAGAUGCAGCGGUAAAAGCCGAAACAAUAUCACCUCGAAUUACUAGGCCUCCAAUUAAGAUGGAUCCACAACCUAUUAUAUUAAUAGCAAAUCCAGAACCUGUCGAUUCAAUAGCUACCACACCACCAAUAAUUAUUAAGCCAAUUGAAGUAAAUACAUUGCCAUCUCGUAUCAUCAGACCUACACUCUGGCCGGAGCCUGUAACAGAAAUAUUAAUAACAAAUCCUGAUCUGAUCGAUCCUUUACCUACAGAGUCACCACAAAUGACAAUACCAUUUGAAGCAAAUACAUUGCCAUCUCGUAUCAUCAGGCUUGAACCAGUCGACCCUUUACCUACAGAGUCACCACAAAUUACAAUUCCAUUUGAAGCAAAUACACUGCCAUCACGUAUUAUCGGACCAAUACGCUGGCCGGAGCCUGUAACGGAUAUACUAAUAGUAAAUCCAGAUCUGGUGGACCCUUUGCCUACAGAAUCACCACAAAUGACAAUACCAUUUGAAGCAAAUACAUUGCCAUCUCGUAUCAUCAGACCAAUACGCUGGCCGGAGCCUGUAACAGAUAUACUAAUAACAAAUCCCGAUCUGAUCGACCCUUUGCCUACAGAAUCACCACAAAUGACAAUACCAUUUGAAACAAAUACACUGCCAUCACGUAUUAUCGGACCAAUACGCUGGCCAGAACCUGUAACGGAUAUACUAAUAACAAAUCCUGAUCUGAUCGACCCUUUGCCUACAGAAUCACCACAAAUGACAAUACCAUUUGAAACAAAUACACUGCCAUCUUUUAUCGGACGUGUUUUGUGGCCACCCCAGACGGUCAUACCAAUAACAAGUCCUGAGCAAACAGAUGUAAUAACCAUAUUACCAGCAAAGCCAUUUAGACCUAUUGCACCAUGGCGCCCAAUAGAAUUUUUAACUUUGGAUCCAAUUACAGCAGCUAUUAAUCCUGUUAAUCCUGUGAAUCCUGUUACUGACUUACCAGUUACUGAUGUACCAGUUACUGAUGUACUAGCUACUGAUGUACCAGUUACUGAUUUACCAGUUACUGAUGUUCCAGUUACGGAUGUACCAAUCACUGAUGUACCAGUUACUAAUUUACCUAUUACUGAUUUACCAGUUACUGAUUUACCAGUUACUGAUGUACCAAUUACUGAUGUGGCAAUUACUGAUUUACCAGUUACUGAUUUACCAGUUACUGAUAUAACAGUUACGGAUGUACCAGUUACUGAUGCACCCAUUACUGAUUUACCAGUUACUGAUGUUCCAGUUACGGAUGUACCAAUCACUGAUUUACCAAUUACUGAUGUACCCAUUACUGAUUUACCAGUUACUAAUUUACCUAUUACUGAUUUACCAGUUACUGAUGUACCCGUUACUGAUGUACCCGUUACCGAUGUACCCAUUACUGAUUUACCAGUUACUGAUUUACCAGUUACUGAUUUACCUGUAACGGAUAUACCAGUCACGGAUGUACCAGUUACGGAUGUGCCAGUUACGAAUGUACCAGUUACUGAUGUACCAAUUACUGAUGUACCAGUGACGAAUGUACCAAUUACUGAUGUACCAGUUACUAAUGAUCCAACUGUAAUACUAAAUCCAAGCGUUCAGCCUCGUUUUAUACCAAUAACUGAAAUUUCAGUCAUACCGAGAGCAGCAGCAAUACCCAUUAUACCAUCUCCCACUCCCACAAAAAUAUGGAUUAACCCUACCCUUGAACUAAAUACAGUCACAACUGAUCCAUUAAUUUUAAUUCCACCGGACGCAGUUGUUACAACAAAACCGAUUGCAGUUUCAUUACCACCAUUCACAGAGCAUCCCAACAUUAUACCAACAGAAAUUUCUAAAUUUCCACAUGCAACAAAUAUAACAUCAACUUCCAUUACUAAAAAUCCAAGGCAUUCAAUGACAAGAAGUCCGUCUCAUAUUAGGAAAAAUAAGAAAAUAAGGAAAAAUAAACGUCCAAGAGGAAGAAAGCCAGUUAUUCCAUUUGUAACCGGAAGUCCACCACCUAGUCGUCCAGUCGGAACUCGAUAUACAUCAAUUGACACACAUAUCGAUAACUCUGCAUCUACAUCUUCGACCACUGAAAAGCCAAUCUAA